AUGUCUGAGCCCAUCCGCAACAAAAAGCUGGACCUGUCCACGGCCCCGACACCUCAGAAUACUCCUGCCAACCAGGCUCCGAUCUCCUCGCAUGCUCAACAGCCAGGCGUGUCCAGCAUUAAAGAAGAGGAUGUAGACCGCAACAAUGCCGCCGCUAUGCUGGCACAAAACCCCGCUCUUGUAUCCAUGAUUCAGGGCAAGCUUGGAAGUCUUGUAGGCCGCUCCUCUGGCUAUGUUGAGAGCCUCCCCGUACCUGUCCGACGCAGGGUCGCUGGACUCAAGGGCAUUCAGAAAGAGCAUGGCAAACUUGAAGCAGCUUUCCAGGAAGAGGUACUGCAGUUGGAGAAGAAAUACUUUGCAAAAUUCACGCCACUCUAUCAGAAGCGCGCCGAGAUCGUCAACGGAAACCUCGAGCCUAGUGAGGAAGAGGUCAACGCAGGCAAAGCUGAGCAGGAAGAGGCUGCUACCGCAGAGUCAGAGGCCCAGAAUAAGUCCGAACCAAAAGAAGACAUGAAAGGCAUCCCAGAAUUCUGGCUCACUGCCAUGAAGAAUCAGGUCUCGUUGGCUGAAAUGAUCAACGACCGUGAUGAAGAGGCUCUUCGUCCCCUCUGUGACAUCCGGAUGGAGUAUCUUGAUCGUCCUGGCUUCAAACUUAUCUUUGAGUUCGCCCCCAACGACUUUUUCACAAACAAGACUCUUUCAAAGACAUACUACUACCGAGAGGAGAAUGGUUUUGGCGGUGAUUUCAUCUACGACCAUGCCGAAGGCGACAAGAUCGACUGGAAGGCUGGUAAGGACGUGACCGUUCGAGUAGAAAGCAAGAAGCAACGCAAUAAGACCACGAAACAAACCCGAGUUGUCAAGAAAACCGUUCCUACCGAAUCAUUCUUCAAUUUCUUCAACCCUCCCAAGGCACCUUCGGAGGAUGAGAGUGUUGAUAGUGAAGACGAUAUCGAGGAGCGCCUCGAGCUAGAUUACACGAUCGGAGAAGACAUCAAGGAGAAACUUAUCCCCCACGCUGUCAGCUGGUUUACUGGUGAGGCACUGCAGUUCGAGGAGCUCGACGAGGAGGAUCUGGAAGAUGGUGACUCUGAGGAGGAUGAUGACGAAGACGAUGAAGAAGACGACUCGCAUGACGAUGAGGAAGAGUCUGCUGAAGAGGACGAUGGUGCAAAGCCUAAGCAGGAAGCGGCCGAGUGCAAGCAAAGCUAG